CCGAGACUGUGCUGGGGGGACACCGAUCACCGAAAGGAAGAAGAAGAACACAUUGAAGAGCAGAUCGGAGGGGAUCUGAAUUCUCGGACAUGUUCCCUCUGGACACUCAGUGGAACAUUUCCUUCGCUGGCUGUGGCUUCCUGGGAAUAUAUCACAUUGGGGUCGCCAGCUGCCUGAAGGAACACACACCUUUCCUGGUCGAAAAUGCCAGAAACAUCUAUGGAGCCUCUGCUGGAGCCCUCACUGCUACAGCCCUAGUCAGCGGAGCCUGCCUGGGGGAAGCUGGUGCAAACAUUAUUGAUGUCUCUAAGGAAGCCAGAAAAAGGUUUCUGGGACCUCUACACCCAUCGUUUAAUCUGGUGAAGAUAAUUCGGAACUGCCUAUACAAGACAUUACCGGAUGAUGCACAUGAAAGUGCUACUGGGCGGCUGGGAAUAUCUCUGACCCGUGUCUCUGAUGGAGAGAAUGUGCUUCUUACACAGUUCAACACCAAGGAAGAACUUAUACAGGCCUGUGUAUGCAGUACCUUUAUACCUGUCUAUUGUGGACUCAUCCCUCCAUGCCUGCAAGGAGUAAGAUAUGUGGAUGGAGGUAUAACUGAUAAUCUGCCUCAGUAUGAACUGAAGAAUACGAUCACCGUCUCACCAUUCUCAGGCGAAAGUGACAUUUGUCCCCGUGAUGGCUGCACCAACAUUCAUGAACUCAGAGUCACCAACACCAGCAUACAGUUUAACCUCAGUAACUUGUACCGACUGUCAAAAGCCCUCUUUCCUCCAGAGCCCCAGGUGCUUAAAGAUAUGUGUAAGCAGGGAUACAAGGAUGCAUUACAUUUCCUUAAGCGGAACGGGCUACUGAAUCGACCACAGCCUAUGAGAUGCCUUGCCCUGCCACCUGCUCCUAGUCCACCCAAUCAAAAUGAAGAGAACAAUGAGGUUGAGGAGCAGUCUGCAGAAAUUUCUGCCGUGGAGGAGGCCGAGGAACAUGUGUUUGAGCAUCUUCCUCAGAGACUCAAUCAGGCCCUACUGGAGGCCUGUACAGAGAAGCGCAGUGUAUUCCUAUCAAUAUCCAAACUGCUGCCUGUACGCUUAGCAUCCGCACUGAUGCUGCCAUACACUUUACCUCUAGAAUCUGCAGUGUCAUUUACUGUCAGACUUUUCGAAUGGCUUCCUGACGUCCCCGAGGAUAUUCGGUGGAUAAAAGAUCAGACACGCAAAGUAUGUCACUAUGUUCUAAGAAGAGCAAAGAAGAAGCUGGGCAAUCACAUAUCAGCCAGGCUCUACUACCAUUUGGAGCUCAGGAGAUCUCAGAGCCUUCCUAUUCCCCUAGCCCUUGGAGCCAGUGAGUCUUUGCCCAGGUGGAUUAGGAGCAGCAACUCCUUAAUGGACAUGGUGCAGAAAUGGGAGGAAUAUCAGAGGCAACUGAUACCUGGACUUUUCUGUAUCAACGUGGAUAUGCAGGCUACACUUUACCACCAUCAACAACCACAACAUCCUGAGCUUUCCAUGGAUCCCAACAGUCUAAUAAUGGUAGAGGUGACCAAACCAAACAGCUUGGAGGCACCAUGAUGGCCAUAAUCUAAUAUCGAUACCAAUUUUUGGAUAAGGACCUUAUUUGUCAGUGGUUAUUUAACCAAACAAUGUUUGACCAAGGUCACCUUAAGAUUUGUUUCUGAGGUGAAAUGGUAUUAUAAACACAGCUUGACAGGUUUUCAUUGGGGCUAUAGUUUCCAUGACUAGAAAAUGCCAGUGAAGCUUAAACAAGGUGGUACCAUUUGGAGAAUAUGUUUUAUGGUCUUGUGGGACCAGAUACAGAUAACCACAAACAAUUCUCUGAAAUAACAGUGUUAUUAAUAAGAAGAUAUGCUGUGGCUAUUAAAUGGGUCAUCGUAAGGUGUUAAAACUCAACAAAGCAAUGCAAUUGAUCUAAAGCAGUAGGAGUAGGAAGACACAAGGU